CUCCGCCUCUCCUGUGUCUACAUUUCCAUCCCAUGGCCGUCUCUAGGUGAUUUAGCGCCGCCAGUCUCAAGCAGGUGUCCAACAUGGCGAUCACGGGAAGCGGAUCUCUCGCUAUUUCUUUCUCUGUUUUCGUGAUUUCGGUGGCGUUUCUUCCGAAAGGAGCUGCUGAAACCGUGACAGUUGACAGUCAGAACUUGGCAACUGACAACGUGACAGUGAUUGAAGGGGAAACGGCCACCAUCAGCUGCAGGGUGAAGAACAACGAUGACUCCGUCAUUCAGCUGCUCAACCCCAACAGGCAGACCAUCUACUUCAGAGAUCUCAGACCUCUCAAGGACAGCCGGUUCCAGCUGGUGAAUUUCUCUGACAACGAACUCCGGGUGUCUCUGUCCAAUGUGUCACUCUCCGAUGAGGGACGCUACGUGUGCCAGCUAUACAUGGAUCCUCCUCAGGAAGCCUACGCAGACAUCACUGUCCUGGUUCCGCCAGGCAGCCCGAUCAUCGAGAGCCGGGAGGAGAUGGUCAGCGAGGGGAACGAGACGGAGCUCACCUGCAUCGCCAUGGGCAGCAAGCCAGCCGCCUCCAUCAGAUGGAUGAAGGGGGAGGAAGAACUGACAGGUGAGACAACAGUUGAGGAGAUGUACGACAGGAUGUUUACUGUCACCAGCCGGGUGAGGUUUUCUGUCACCAAAGAGGAUGAUGGAGUGCCAGUGGACUGCAUCAUUGACCACCCAGCUGUAAAGGACCUCCUGGCUCAAAGACACUUGGAAGUGCUAUAUAAACCCGAGGUGAAGAUCGUGGUGGCGUAUCCUGAAGGUUUACCCAGGGAGGGAGACAAUCUAGAUUUGACUUGUAUCGCUGAAGGAAAGCCACAUCCCCAUCGGAUCAACUGGCUAAGAGUGGACGAGGAUGUGCCGCCUCACGCCGUGGUCACCGGCUCUGAUCUCUAUAUCGAGAACCUCAACAAGUCCUACAACGGCACCUAUCGCUGCGUGGCAUAUAACGAUGUAGGAGAGGCCUAUGACGACUACACCCUCUAUGUGUAUGAUGCUCCCACUACUAUCCCCACACCCACCACCAACCCAGUCAACACGCAAGACUCCAGAGCUGGCGAAGGCACACCACAGAAAAUUGACCAUGCAGUCAUUGGAGGAGUGGUUGCUGUGGUGAUGUUUGCAAUCCUCUGUGCACUCAUUGUUCUUGGUCGAUACUUUGCCAGGCACAAAGGAACUUACUUCACUCACGAAGCCAAAGGGGCAGACGACGCAGCUGAUGCAGACACAGCCAUCAUUAACGCUGAGGGGGGACACAACAACACAGACGAGAAGAAGGAGUAUUAUAUCUAAACUGGUCAGGCCAGGAGAGACGGGUGGGGAUGCUGCUGGUUUUUGGUGGUGCAUAGUGCUGCAGAAGCAUUAUUUCCAACUCUGAUUGGUUACUUGGAGGCAAGAAGGGCAAGAUUUAAAAAGAAAGAGAGGAAGGAAAAAGGGGGAGAGUAGGACCCGCACGGCCAAGUGGUAAGAAGAGGCUGAGUCUCCUAUCCGACCCUUCCUGGACUGCUGUGUCCUAUUCUGUACAGAUUGAUUAUUUUACAGACAAUUUUGUGCCUUGUUCUAUUACUUUUGUUUGUUUUAUUGUUUUCCUUUCACAUGCUUGUUGGAUUAGAUUUUCCUCCUUGUACUCCACUUGAUCCUCUGUUGCUUUUUGGCUUUCAGAGGAGAUUAAAGGGGGUCUGGUGUUUGUCUGUGUGUGCUACGGCUAGCUUUUAGCUCAUGUAACCAGAUCCGAGAAGCCAGCUCAUCCACACUCCUCUUGAGUAAUCUCCAGAGUUCAGUAAUGGAACACGGUGUCAACACUUGUCCCCCCCCCCCUGGGUCAAAGUCCUAUGGUGCCUUACACAAUAGGACGAAUACACUCAGCCCCUUCAAAUUCAGGCUCACUGUGUGAUUACUUAUGUGACAGUUGUGAGUAAUCGUGCUCAUCCUAGAAUGUAUUUGCUUAUAAAAGUGAAGUAGGAGUCAUGCUAUAUAUACAGUAGUACAACCUACGUGUUAAUGGUUUCAAGAGCUGACAUUUACAUCCGGGAUUCCACUGGGAGCAGGUUUAUAACGCCUCAUAAGCGGUGCCGUUUUAGUCUCCACCGCUUCACACCAAGCUGGCAUCAUUUCAGAAGCGAAUAUGUUUUAUCUGCCAGAAUACACAAGUUAGAUUCAGGAGGGCCAAAUCAAGUACGAUCGUUUCUAAUUACGAGUUCACUCACACUCAAGUCCCAAAGCUCCAGUAACUAAUUUCCACGACUUGUCUUUUCUAGUACAGUCUUAAUAAAAAGGAUCUGUAGUAUAAUACAACAGAAUUUGCUUUUCACUACAAUGAGCUUUUCCUCUAGUGCUAAAGCAGUCAACCUCUGCCCAAUUAACUCUGGAUUUUGAGCCGGUGGUUACGCUGAUGUAAUGUGGUGGUUUGAAAUACCGUUAGGAAGUCGACACAGGUGAUCUUAUUUUGAAAAUAUGAUUCUCUAUGCUCUUUCUUGCGAUCGAUUUCCUUUCCUAUUAUACCACUUUCGGUUUUAUGGGGCAUCGCUAGAUGUGAAGUGGAUGUAGUUUCCUUGUGGAGUGCAGUGUAAAACAUCUCAACCAUGGUCAUGUACAAUCAUAAGGACGUAACUUGAAUACAGAGUAAAGUUUAGGUAUUACGUCUUUUUAGCAUCUUGUAUCAAGUAAUUCAGAUUAAGAGUAGUCAAAAAGAAAAAAAAAAGAUAGCUUUGAGGAAAUAGUUAAAAGCCUCAUUGCAUUUAUGCUACAUAUUGGAAAGGACUGACGUCGCUGUAAAUUCUGUGCAAUAAAAACACAACUACAGCCAGCAGCCCGUUAGCUUAGCAGCACCGGAAACAGAGGCUCAGCUAACCUGGAUUUACUAAUGCUUGAAGGGUUGUGUGUUAUCUUUGACUAGAAUCAGACUGGCUUUUCUUCUUUCCUCGCCAAUAAUAACAAACCCUUACGACAAUAAGUCUGAUGGUUGGUCAAACUUUAGUUUAAUUUAAUUUGUCGAUGAUGUACGAGCGACUGUAAGGUCCUGAUUCUUGAUUUUUCCAUCCCUCAUAGAUGAUAGUCGCAUUUUAAACAGUAAAUGACUUGUACAAAGCAGAAGUUUAAAUUCCACUUUACAGAAUACUCCAAAUGAUUGAUUUUUUUAUCUGAUGAUGAUGAUUCAGCAUAUUGAUAAUAUAAAUAGGACGCGGGAUUCCGAUUUGAUACAUUUCCGAGGUUUUAGUAUGAUUGUGCUGUGUGAAAGGAUAGAAAGAGUGCUCAACUUUCAAUGUUUCCUUUUAGUAAUGUAUAAGCUAUCAAGGUAUGUCCAUGUGACGAUCCACAUCUGUAAAAAAAAAAAAAAAGAAAAAAAAAAGACGAAUCACAACUCAUUUCCUGUCCUAGAAAACCUUGCUGAGCACUUUUUUUCUGCACUUGUCAUACGCAAGUAAAAUGACAUUCAGUCUCUGCAAACAUGAAUCUGUUAUUAUAUUUCCGUGCUCUCUGUACAGACAUUUAAUCUUUCUGCUGUCUUAGAGUACCUGUAAGGCCGAGAGCCCUUACAACCUCUGAGAUGUUUGUGUACAGCUUUAAAUUUUAGAUUUGAGAUGAGAUCAUUUUCUUACUGUCAUCUUCCAGCCUCAAAACUUCGCAGAAAAGAAACUGUACGGUUUUAUACAUUUCUCUCAUCUUGAAUCACAAAUUCAAAUCGACAAUGUACACAACAACUGUUUCCUAAUUAGAAAGUGAAUUCAUUAUUUUGCCUGAAUAAAGUCAGUUUAAAAAAGGAGAAGAAAUAGAGGUCUGGAUAACCACUGCCUUAAACAGACCUCGUAACACAACAGAAACGAAAAGACGGAAGGACAUAAUUUCGUGCCUUCUUCUGAUUUUAAGGCGUAUGGUUAUAAGGUAUGAUAUCCUCACACACACACACACACACACACACACACAUACACACACUUACAGUUUAUCUUGUACAUAUAUCUGUCUUUUCUAACCUGCAGGCCAAUACUCAGCUAAGUUAUCUAUCUUCACACACCGUAUACUUCCAUUCACGUUCAGAUCUGCAGCGUAAAAAAACUGGAAUUAAUAAACGGAUAUUAGUAAACAGGGAAAGAAAUUGAUUGAAAACAGAUUUAAAUUAACUUUUUCUUCCAUUGACUAGAACGGGAUAUGCCAGAAUGUAUGGUUUGUGACACAAAAUUUAAUUUGACCACAAUUAAUUUGCCAGAUAAAGUGACUUUGAUAUAUCAGAUGGAUGUUUUCAGGGUCAAAGUUAAUAAGCAUUUUCAAAAAGAAAGAAAUACAGUCCUAAAUGUAUAUAUAUAUAUAUAUA